CUCUCAGUAUUCAUGUUUCAGUGUGCUGCAAUUUAGAAAGGGAAGAAGAAGAGAGAAAAGAGGAGGAGGAGAAGAAGAGAUUCCCCAAGCAAGGUCGGCAAAAAUGGCUUGUGUCUUGACUUGGGCACAGGAUACUGCUCUUUCGAUUGCUGCAAAAUAUGUGGAAGCAGGAGUCAAACUGGCUAUAAAACAAUUUCGCUAUAUGUGUUGUUUGAAGAAAUUUGAAGAAGAACUCAAUCAAGAAGAGAAUGCACUGGCAGUGGCACAAGCAACAGUGCAAAGAAAAGUUGAGGAAGGGGAAGAUAAUAAUGAAGCAGCUGAUGAAUCUGUUGAAGAUUGGAUAAAUAGAACGAAUAAAGCCAUGGAAGAUGCUGGCCUUCUACAAAAUUCUAUCAAACAAGAGAAAAGGUGCUUCAGUAACUGUUGUCCCAAUUACUUCUGGCGGUACAAUAGAAGUAAGGAAGCUGAAGACCUGACCGUGGCCCUCAAAAACCUUAAGCAAGAGCAAAGCCAGUUUCAGAAUUUCAGUCACAAAUCUAAGCCCCUUAACACUGAAUUCAUUUUGUCAAAUGACUUCAUGGUUUCUAAGGCUUCUGAAUCAGCUCUUGAUGAUAUCAUGAAAGCAUUGGAGACUGAUGGUGUCAGCAUUAUCGGACUUCACGGCAUGGCAGGAAUCGGUAAGACCACCCUGGCGAUAAAAGUAAAAGGGCAAGCAGAGGCAGAGAAGCUAUUUGAGGAGUUUGUGAAGGUUACAGUGUCUCAAAAACCAGAUAUCAAGGAGAUCCAAGAACAAAUGGCAUCGCAGCUGAGACUGAAAUUUGAUGGGGACAGUAUACAAGAGAGAGCAGGACAAUUAUUGUUGAGGUUGCAGGAUAAGAAAAGAAAGCUUAUAGUUCUAGAUGACAUCUGGGGAAAGCUUAACUUGACUGAAAUUGGGAUAGCACAUAGCAAUGAUUGCAAAAUUCUUAUAACCACACGUGGAGCGCAAGUAUGUCUGUCUAUGGACUGUCAAGCCGUUAUCGAACUAGGUCUUUUAACGGAAGAAGAAGCAUGGGCACUGUUUAAACAAAGUGCACACCUGAAGGAUGACUCCUCCCCCUUGAUCGAAAAGGCAAUGAUAGUUGCUGAAAAAUGCCAUUGUUUGCCUAUAGCUAUUGUCUCAGUGGGGCAUGCUUUGAAGGGUAAACUAGAUCCUAGCGAUUGGCAAUUGGCACUGGUAAAACUUCAGAAGUACAAUUAUCCAAAAAUCCGAGGUGUUGAAGAAGACGAAAAUGUCUACAAAUGCCUUCAGUUGAGUUUUGAUUAUUUGAAAAGUGAAGCAACCAAGAGAUUGUUAUUGUUGUGCUCUUUGUAUCCUGAAGACUAUACCAUUUUUGCUGAGGACUUGGCAAGAUAUGCAGUUGGGCUGAGGCUGUUUGAGGAUGCUGGAUCCAUCAAAGAGAUAAUGCUGGAAGUGCUGAGUUCACUAAAUGAACUCAAAGAUUCUCAUCUUCUGUUGGAGACUGAAAUUGAAGGACAUGUGAAAAUGCAUGAUCUAGUUCGUGCUGUUGCCAUAUGGAUUGGGAAAAAGUACGUAAUUAUCAAAGAUACCAAUAUAGAAAAGGAAUUCAAGAUGGGAAGUGGCAUCGAGCUUAAGGAGUGGCCAUCGGAUGGAAGAUUCAACGGUUUUGCAGCUAUUUCCUUAUUGAAGAAUGAGAUGGAGGACCUACCAGAUCAUUUGGAUUAUCCACGGCUGGAAAUGUUGUUGCUGGAAAGGGACGAUGAUCAGAGAACCAGUAUCUCAGAUACAGCUUUCGAGAUAACAAAAAGAAUUGAAGUUUUAUCAGUAACUCGUGGGAUGCUGUCAUUACAGUCACUGGUAUGUUUGAGGAAUCUCAGGACUCUUAAGCUCAAUGAUUGCAUCAUAAAUUUAGCAGACAACGGUUCGGACCUUGCUUCACUGGGGAAUUUGAAGAGACUUGAGAUCCUUAGCUUUGUUUAUUGUGGAGUUCGGAAAUUGCCAGAUGAGAUAGGAGAAUUGAAGAAUCUGAAACUGUUGGAGUUAACAGAUUUUGAGCAGAUAGAUAAAAUCCCAUCAGCUCUGAUUCCGAAACUAUCCAAACUUGAAGAAUUACACAUAGGUAAAUUUAAGAAUUGGGAGAUUGAAGGCACAGGUAAUGCUAGCCUGAUGGAGCUGAAACCACUGCAGCACUUGGGCAUUCUGUCAUUGAGAUAUCCCAAGGAUAUUCCAAGAAGUUUUACCUUUUCCAGGAACUUGAUUGGAUAUUGUCUUCACUUGUAUUGCAGUUGCACAGACCCUUCAGUAAAGUCAAGGCUUAGAUACCCAACCACAAGAAGAGUUUGCUUCACUGCAACUGAAGCAAAUGUUCAUGCAUGUAAGGAGUUGUUCAGGAAUGUAUAUGAUCUUCGUCUACAGAAAAACGGCACAUGCUUCAAAAACAUGGUGCCAGACAUGUCUCAAGUGGGCUUUCAAGCUUUAUCUCACCUUGACCUUUCGGAUUGCGAGAUGGAAUGCCUCGUUAGUACAAGAAAGCAACAAGAAGCUGUAGCAGCAGAUGCAUUCUCAAAUUUAGUGAAGCUAAAAAUUGAAAGAGCAACUCUGAGAGAAAUAUGUGAUGGUGAGCCAACACAGGGGUUCCUACACAAAUUACAAACGUUGCAAGUUUUGGAUUGCGACCGUAUGAUCACCAUAUUACCAGCAAAGUUGUCCCAAGCAAUGCAAAAUUUGGAAUAUAUGGAGGUUUCAGACUGUGAGAAUUUGCAAGAGGUGUUCCAGUUGGAUAGAAUCAAUGAAGAAAACAAGGAGUUCCUCUCACAUCUAGGGGAGUUGUUUCUGUAUGAUUUGCCUAGAGUUAGGUGUAUAUGGAAUGGUCCAACACGCCAUGUAAGUCUCAAAAGUCUAACCUGUUUAUCUAUUGCAUAUUGCAGAAGCCUAACAUCUCUUCUCUCACCAUCUCUUGCUCAAACUAUGGUGCAUCUAGAAAAACUAAAUAUUAUAUGCUGUCAUAAACUUGAGCAUAUUAUCCCAGAAAAGGAUGAGAAAGGGAAGGCUCCCCAUAAGCAACCUUACCUGCAAUACCUGAAGUCGGUCGAAGUUUCAUCAUGUGAUAGAUUGCAAUAUGUCUUUCCAAUCUCAGUUGCUCCUGGGCUUUUGCGCCUUAAAGAGAUGGCCGUAUCUUCUUGUAAUCAAUUAAAGCAAGUCUUUGCUGAUUAUGGGGGACCAACUGUUCUUUCUGCAAAUGACAACUUGCCACACUCUGCGAGAAGAGAUUUCGAAGUGGAAGACUCGUCAGAAGUUGGCUACAUAUUCUCAAUGAACCAUGAUGUAGUAUUGCCAUCUUUGUGCCUUGUAGAUAUUCGUGAUUGUCCCAACUUAUUGAUGAGUUCUUUUCUACGGAUCACUCCCAGGGUUUCAACGAAUUUAGAACAAUUAACAAUUGCAGAUGCCAAAGAAAUACCACUGGAAACUCUGCACUUAGAAGAAUGGUCGCAGUUGGAGCGAAUCAUUGCUAAAGAGGAUUCCGAUGAUGCUGAAAAGGAUACUGGAAUAUCAAUAUCAUUGAAGUCACAUUUUCGCCCUCUAUGUUUCACACGCCUGCAAAAGAUUUCGAUAUCAAAUUGUAACAGAUUGAAGAUUCUCCUUCCGUUGACAGUUGCUCAAUAUCUUCCAUGUCUAACAGAGCUUUACAUAAAAUCAUGCAAUCAAUUGGCUGCAGUAUUUGAAUGUGAAGAUAAAAAAGACAUCAAUAGCAUGCAAAUCAGAUUCCCUAUGCUUUUGAAACUACACCUAGAAGACUUACCAAGCCUCGUCAGCUUGUUCCCUGGAGGUUAUGAAUUCAUGCUUCCAUCUUUGGAGGAGUUCAGAGUGACACACUGUUCCAAGAUAGUAGAAAUAUUUGGUCCUAAAGAAAAGGGAGUAGACAUCAUUGACAAGAAGGAGAUCAUGGAGUUUCCCAAGCUAUUGAGAUUAUAUCUAGAAGAAUUGCCAAACCUCAUCAGAUUCUGUCCACCGGGAUGUGAUCUCAUUCUUUCAUCUCUUAAAAAGUUCAGAGUUGAAAGAUGUCCUCAGAUGACUACCCAGUUCCCAGUUGCACCAGAUGCUUCUACCCGUGCAAUACCAGAGGGACAAAAAAAGAGAGCAAGAUAUGGUUCACAGCCUGCGUCAGAAUCCUUGGAUGGCAAUCAGUCAUCACAGCCAAGUAAUCGUCAACCUAAACAAGCAUUCAGAAUUAUUGCUCCACCUGCAAAUCGCUCUAGUACUUCAAUUCCACGGGAAAGCGACACAACUGAAUCCGCUCCUUCUAAUGCUAGCGGUUCAAAGAGAAAUGGCACAAAUGGAAUAGGCAUUGGGAGGGGAAUGGGAAGAGGAAGAGGAAGAGGGAGAGGAACAAAUUCUGCUAAUCCGGCAAGGAGCUCGAUUACUAAGAACAAAGGAAAGGAGAAGUCGGCAAAUCGACAACCAUGGAAAUGACUUGGAAGACAAAUUUGUAUUGUAGGAAAAGGGAGUACCUUUAUGCCUCUCAUCCAACCUUUUGGGCUAGCCGUCAUUCAGCCUCUAAUCUAAGUGACUUAGCCGAGAUUCAGCCUCUAGGCUAAGUGAUUUUUGGUCGUAUCCUAACAGUUAAGAAAUGCAUCUUACUAAAAAGUGGGAAAACUUUCAACGAUUCUACAGCCAGAUUAUUGUUUUACUCGGAUGUAUUACACUUGCUAGUAGAUGAGUAACAAA